AUGGCUGGUCAAGUGCUGGACGGCAAAGCGUGUGCUCAGCAAUUCAGAACUGAUAUUGCGCACGAAAUCAAAUCGAUCCAAGGUCACGUGCCUGGUUUCGCUCCCAAUCUUGCCAUCAUACAAGUGGGCAACAGACCAGACUCGGCCACCUACGUACGCAUGAAGCGUAAGGCCGCUGAAGAGGCCGGCAUUGUCGCCAACUUCAUCCAUUUAGACGAAUCCGUGCCCGAAUUUGAGGUCCUGCGUCACGUCGACCAAUUGAAUGAGGAUCCACAGACGCACGGCAUCAUCGUGCAGUUGCCAUUGCCCGCACAUUUGGACGAGGAUAAAAUAACCUCGAGAGUAUUGGCAGAAAAGGAUGUUGAUGGGUUUGGCCCCACCAACAUCGGCGAGUUGAACAAGAAGAACGGACACCCAUUUUUCUUGCCCUGCACCCCCAAAGGGAUCAUCGAGCUGCUUCACAAAGCCAAUGUCACCAUUGAAGGCUCCAGAUCCGUUGUGAUCGGAAGAUCCGACAUCGUCGGCUCCCCAGUCGCAGAAUUGUUGAAGUCUUUAAACUCUACCGUCACUAUCACGCAUUCCAGGACUCGCGAUAUCGCGUCGUAUUUGCACAACGCGGACAUCGUCGUUGUGGCCAUCGGCCAACCGGAAUUCGUUAAGGGCGAAUGGUUCAGGCCAAGAGACGGCACUCCCUCAGACAGGAAGACUGUGGUCAUCGAUGUCGGCACCAACUAUGUGGCCGAUGCAUCCAGAAAAUCCGGCUUCAAAUGUGUCGGUGACGUCGAGUUCAACGAAGCCAUCAAGUACGUUCACUUGAUCACCCCGGUACCCGGUGGUGUCGGACCCAUGACCGUGGCUAUGCUGAUGCAGAACACUAUGAUUGCUGCUAAGCGCCAAAUGACCGAAUGCUCCAGACCAUUGGAGAUUCCACCUUUGCCCUUGAAGUUGCUGAGCCCCGUGCCUUCCGAUAUAGACAUCUCUAGAGCUCAGCAACCCAAGCUCAUCAACCAAUUAGCCCAAGAAUUGGGCAUUUACUCCCAUGAGCUGGAAUUGUACGGUCACUACAAGGCCAAGAUCUCUCCCAAAGUCAUCGAGAGACUGCAAUCGCGCCAAAAUGGUAAAUACAUCUUGGUGUCUGGUAUCACGCCUACACCUCUCGGAGAAGGUAAAUCCACCACCACAAUGGGUCUUGUUCAGGCACUAACAGCUCAUUUGGGCAAACCCGCCGUUGCCAACGUCAGACAGCCCUCGUUGGGCCCCACUUUGGGGGUCAAAGGUGGUGCUGCGGGCGGUGGUUACUCCCAAGUCAUCCCAAUGGACGAAUUCAACUUGCAUUUGACAGGUGACAUUCACGCCAUCGGUGCCGCUAAUAACCUCCUUGCUGCGGCCAUCGACACAAGAAUGUUCCAUGAAACCACUCAAAAGAACGACGCUACCUUCUACAACAGACUAGUUCCAAGAAAGAAUGGCAAAAGAAAGUUCACCGCUUCCAUGCAAAGAAGACUAAACAGACUAGGUAUUCAAAAGACUAACCCUGACGAUUUGACUCCCGAAGAGAUCAAUCUGUUUGCCAGACUAAACAUUGACCCAGACACCAUCACCAUCAAGAGAGUGGUUGAUAUCAACGAUAGAAUGCUAAGACAGAUCACCAUCGGCCAGGCCCCUACCGAGAAAAACCACACAAGAGUCACUGGGUUUGAUAUCACCGUCGCAUCCGAAUUGAUGGCUAUUCUUGCUCUUUCAAAGGACUUGAGGGACAUGAAGGAACGUAUCGGACGCGUGGUCGUCGCUGCGGACGUGAACAGAUCUCCCGUCACCGUGGAAGAUGUAGGUUGCACCGGUGCCUUGACCGCCCUAUUAAGAGAUGCGAUCAAGCCAAACUUGAUGCAGACUUUGGAAGGUACCCCCGUCUUGGUCCAUGCUGGUCCAUUUGCCAACAUAUCCAUCGGUGCUUCCUCCGUCAUUGCCGAUCGUGUGGCUUUGAAGUUGGUCGGUACCGAACCAGGUUCAGAAACCGAACCGGGUUAUGUCGUCACUGAAGCAGGGUUCGAUUUCACCAUGGGUGGUGAGAGAUUCUUCAACAUCAAAUGCCGUUCCUCCGGAUUGACACCUAAUGCUGCGGUUCUUGUUGCCACCGUCAGGGCUUUGAAGUCCCACGGUGGUGCUCCAGACGUUAAGCCUGGCCAACCUUUGCCUUCUGCAUACACUGAAGAAAACGUUGAGUUUGUAGAGAAGGGUGCUGCCAACAUGUGUAAACAGAUUGCCAACAUCAAGCAAUUUGGUGUUCCCGUGGUCGUAGCAAUAAACAGAUUUGAAACCGAUACUGAAGGUGAGAUUGCCGCCAUCAGAAAGGCCGCCCUAGAAGCCGGUGCAUUCGACGCCGUAACUUCCAACCAUUGGGCCGAAGGUGGUAAAGGCGCUAUCAAUUUGGCCAAAGCAGUCAUUGAAGCUUCUAAUCAACCAGUAGACUUUCACUUCUUAUACGACGUCAACGCUUCCGUGGAAGACAAAUUGACUACCAUCGUUCAAAAAAUGUACGGUGGUGCCGCCAUUGAUAUUUUGCCCGAAGCUCAGCGCAAGAUAGAUAUGUACAAAGAACAGGGUUUCGGUAACUUACCAAUUUGUAUUGCCAAGACCCAAUACUCUCUAUCGCACGACGCCACUUUGAAAGGUGUCCCAACUGGAUUCACUUUCCCCAUCAGAGACGUCAGAUUGUCUAGUGGUGCUGGAUACUUAUACGCUCUUGCUGCUGAAAUUCAAACCAUUCCUGGUUUGGCUACUUAUGCCGGUUACAUGGCCGUCGAGGUAGAUGACGACGGUGAAAUUGAUGGGUUGUUUUAA